AUGCCGAGUCACGCCAUCUCCUCCACUUCGAUCAGCACCGAUCCAACCAUGCAACCGCAGGUUGUCGUUGCCCGUAAGGCCUGCGAACAGUUGGACGAACUAAUUCGCACCCACGAUGUCGUGUUUCUCCUGCUGGACACUCGUGAAGCACGAUGGCUCCCCACAAUGCUUGCUACCUACCACUCCAAGGUCAGUGCCCUGAUGGCAGCCUAGAAUGCCCUUUCCUGAUUGCUGCGGUAUUUGUCCGCCGUCUGCUGCCUACCUGUCUGUCAGCAUGCGUAAGCCGGCUGUCUAUGAGACCAAAUUCAGCAUUACACUAGCAUUAACUGUGCUUCUGCUGUUCCUGUUCAUUCGACUUGCCUGACGAGUCUUCCGCGGUUUAGACUCUUUGAUUUGUAAGAUUUUUCCUAUCCUUUUUACAAGUACUCAGAUCACAUUCAACCCUAAUUUGUUCUAUGAAGGGGAGGCCAGUGCAGGCGGUAUUUUUACGGUUAUUAUGUUUCCUCGGCGCGCCUUGACCUCACUCUGUUACCAAACUUUUGCUCAUUCGAUCUGGUGUUCAAACUCCUAGCUCCGCGAUUUGAGUAUGCUUCGCAUGUGAGACUAUGCAUAAGGCGAGGCGAACUCUCAAUGGCCGCCUCUCCUAAAACUGAGCUUCAAUCCUGCAGUUGGGAGUCCUGUUCUAUUUCCAAACUGCCUUUUCAUUCUUGCUCCCGUCUAGAUUGCGAUUACCACUGCGCUCGGAUUCGACAGCUAUCUGGUUAUGCGCCACGGUCUACCGCGAAGCCCCGGAACUUCUCCCUCUCAGUCCUGCAACCAAGAGGUGGCGUUGAAAGCAUCCGGUGAUGGCCGUUUACGGCAACUUUCAGGCUCGCAGUUGGGUUGUUACUUCUGCAAUGAUGUAGUUGGUCCCUCAAAUGUAAGCUUGGCAUUCCCACACCCCAUUAUCUGCCUCCUGUAGUCCCUCCGAGAUCGUACCCUCGAUCAGCAGUGCACUGUCGCCCGGCCGGGAACCUCUAUGAUGGCCUCUGCGUUGGCCGUGGAGCUUUGUGUUGGUCUGCUCCAUCACAGAGAAGGGUAAUUUGGCGGCUGGUUGUGUUUUUGCAAGUAAACAUUUUUAUUGCUGACGUUUGUCCCCUUGGCUUUGCAUCAGUGUUUGGGCCUCAAGGAUUGUAAGCGCCUGCUACGCCAGCAUUAGCAAACUAUAGCCCUCGCAGCCUGGCACCAGAAUCCCUGCCAGUAGCUGCGCUUGCGCUCCAUGCGGGUAUAAAGUUCGUGAGCAUGGCUGCCCAGUCAUCCUCGUCGUCUUUCUAGCCUGUUGUGGUACUGAGGUUGGUCAAAAUCCUGGUCAAAUGUUGGUUGUAGACCAGGGGGUGUUGUGGUACGCCCAGGUGCGGGUCCGGCCAUGCCAGCCGUUAGUGUUCUCUCCCGCCUCCGGUCUUCAUGACUUUGUAAUAACACCGGGCUCAAGCGGGAGAGGAAGAGGGGGCGGGGUAGGCUAUGCGCAAGUCUACUCUCACUAAUUUAUGCGUAGGUCACUGGGCCUGUUUCACCUUGCUGUGGAGCGCACGUUAGACAUCGUCCGCAACGACUGUUGAACUGUCAUAUCAGUGUUUGUCCAAUGUGGCAUCAAGAUCUGUUCUCUUUUCUUGACUUUCACGGGUCCUUGACCUUCCUAAACCCUCAAUGACUUGGGAAUCCUGAGUUUGCGUGGACGUCCUGCGUGCGCAAUUCUGACCUGCUUAACUUGAUUUUCGUCCCCAUAAUUGUCACUAGUAGACGUUGUCCGUCGGCAUUCGAUGGACUACCUCGAAGACUUCUUUGAAGUCCAUUUAGUAGAUAGCGUCUACCAGCCGCGCCUUAUCUGAUAAAAUCUUCAUUUGUUGAGUAGUCUGUAUUGAGUCCACACGAUGAUGUUUUAAGUGUUAAAAUUAGACAUUUCGAUGACGUCGUCAUAUGCAGUAGCGCAGGGCCCGCGCCAAUACCUGCCGCCGACAACCCGAAAUAACCAGCACUAGGGCGGCAUUUCCGAGUCAUUUUGAAUUCCCGAGAGAGAGAUUUGUCGUCAAAUGCUCCUUCAUACCAACGCCAAGUACACGACGGCUUUUGUGGCAGAGCUGGUGUGCUGAAGUUUAUAUUGAACGUCUAUCAGUUCUUCAUCCCUUAUUCUUGUUUAAUGUCAUUUUUUCCUGCGUACAAUGGUUUACAGUCAGGAAGUACAGGGACCGCUCUCUCGAAGGUUUGAAAUAAAAAAACCACUGAGUGCUGUCCAGUCCAUGAUUACAAUGACUAUAACUAACAAGGAAUCCUUACUUGCCACCUGACACCAUACACACUACCUUCGGAGCAAACUACAACGUCUAAGCCCGUGUUUUUCUCUAGCCUCGAACAACAAUGCUAUUCACUAAGCAGUAGGAUGCGGAAUAGGAACACUAACCUAACCCUAAUCUCCCUGAAAUUUAGCUCAGGGUCACCUGUAUUACGGGGGAAGAGGUUUCUUAUUCCCAUAUCCUACUCGACAGUUCGACCGUCGAUUUCGACAAUGUUCACCGUGUGCUUCACACAAGGUGCAGCAAGCACGGUGACUUGCGCUUGAAUUAGUUUAUAGUGAUAGUAGACUUGCGCAGCAUCUAUCGCACUCCCCUUUCCCCACUCGCCACCUGGACCUAGAGUCAAGAAGACCGGAGGCGGGGAGGCACAUGUGGAUGGCACGGUGAAGCCCACACUUUGGCGUUCCACUCUACACCCCCUGGUUCAUACAGCAAAUGACCAGGUUUUUGACCAACGACACCCCAACAGGGGUCAGAUGGACGAAGACGAUGACUAUGCAGCCAUGCCCACCGCCUGUACGUCCAGCAGGAGCGCAAACGCAUCUACCGGCAGGGAACCAGGCGUCAGGGAACUGCCAGCGCAUCCCAGGCUGCGAGGGCCAUAGUUUGCUGAUGCUGACAUAGCACACGCUUUCAGACCCUUUGACAUGUCCUACCCAUUAGACCUAAUUAAACCACUGGUUCUGAUUACUAGUGUCAUCUGAUGAGACUGAAAGGUGAGUAGAUUAUGUCCCAACAGCCAAACCCAGUCUAGAAGUCAGUAGUAAUAAUACUGCCAGGAGGCGCCUCCCAAAAGUCAGCAUGUCAUUUGGACAAUAGUAAUAGUAAUAAUAAUGGACUUCUCCCAUGCCCUAUAACGAAAGUGUCGGUCUAUCCGCACCUCAUCCGGACUUCGUUUCUAGGCAUGUACCAGUACUGUUCUUGAACGCAAAAUUAGAGCUUUGUUUACGCCGCGGCAGCAUAAUUCGCAGGCAGACUCGCGCCAUUACGACCUUCAGGCCGGCUGCCGAAUAGGAGUUGUGUGUCAGUAGGUAGAGCAUUGCAUUCUGUACGGAAUGAUUGGACAUUGGGCCGGAGAGAAUUGGCAGCCGGAUGGGGGCUCUCGUCCGUGUCUGCACCGGCCUCGAAGUUAAUUGGUCAAGAACCAGACUGUCAUUUGUAGGCGCGUGCAAGUUACGCGCAAGAGGCGCAGUUUUCGAGCAGGGUCUCGGCAGGCUUAGUGUUGGAACAGGUACUUACUUGGUACGGCUGCGAUCAUUCCAGAUCUAGCCGGCCUCGAUGAUGUCCGGAGCUGUACCUCUCCACGCCUGACGAUCCGCGGCAGCAGAUCUGGAUCACUCAACCCAUUCCCUUCGCCAACGACGGAGACCAAAUACCGAAGGUCCAAGAAACACCUCCAUGACUUGACGAACUGUGUCGGGCCAGGUUUUGAUUUGACCCCCUCUUCGACGCCUCCAAUGGGGUAACGGUGCCGGAUCGAGCGCAGUAACACUGAGCUCCUGAGGUUGACGACGAAGAACAUGUCCAAACCACAGUCAUCUUUCUUGGAGGGUCUGGGUUAUCCUUGCGAUGCUGUCGCAGCGAGCGCGGACUGUCUCAUUUGAGACGGAGUUGGUGUACUUUACUCGAAGGAUGGUCCUCAAGCAUGUUGGUGCAGGGUCUCCGAGUAGGGCCACUACAGCCAUUCCCGUCGCUCUAGCAGCGGACCUCCUUGUCUGUCCUUAAAGUAUAACUUGACUGUUAUGACCUCAUAAAGAUUUUCACGAGCAGGCUUCUCCACACUAAAAACUCCAACUCUUCCAUUGUAGAGCCUAUGCACCGGCCUUAAUGAAGGGAUGUGAUGAUGGUCUUGCCUUGAAUUCCAACACAUUCGGACUCCUGCCGCAUCAGGUUAUGACCUAUACCUUUUCUAGUUCCAACCACCUUUCCCACCCCUGUAUUAUCGUGAGAGUGCCGUCCACUGAUCCAUCUGGCUUCAUGGCUGAUCGGAAUACGGACUGUCUACCUUCCCUUUGAAUCCUCACAAGCGUUCGCGUAGGGACAAGCAAUGUUUUGUUGCGACCUGGUGUUGGCAACAAGUCGCGGUUGCAUUAACACGUGGAACUGCGCCUUGUUAUUCCAACGUUGAAAGGCUUGUGGGUGGACCUUUUUGUCACAGUUCAACCAAAUAGGACUUAGUUACGUGUCGUGCCUGCCAUCGUUGGCCAUGUUUUUGCUAUUUUGACCCAAUCGAAAUUUGGAUCCAGAUUGUUGUGCCUUGAUAUUAAUUAUGAUGUGUGGACAAAACGGUCUGACAUAGCGAAGCAUGCGCCAUAGGCAUGCACGUGGACACAUGAAGUAGCACCUUCCUAUUGCCAUCCAUCUUCACUCAUCGUUGCUGGGGAUGACCGUGUUCCUCAUACCGACUGGUCGGUGAAGUGUUUUGGUGGUCGACUUAAAGUGUCCACAGAGGAUGUGCCGAAUCAUCCUCUGAAUGAAUUUCGACAGUAGGGCGGGUUGGAGCGUUGUUGUCAUGGUUGAUUUAAUUGUAGAGCAUUAAAACCAUUCGGGGCGGUUGGUGUGUGUGCAGACGUGCAAGUUUAAAAAAUGCAAACAGUGAAGUUGUGCAAGGUGUCGAGGCUAUUCAACUGACAGUUGCCAUCACCAUGCCUGAAUACAGACCGUAUGUUGCUUCAGUUUAUCCCACUCUACGGCCACAGGGACUGUGGGGGUGGGUUAGCCGAGUUCGGUGAACUCAGUUCACACAGGUUCUGAGGUUGACGUUUUCCGGUCACUAGUGCCUGGGCUAGUCCAGAGUGUUGGACCGGUUAGGCUUAACACGGGGAUGUCACGCCAAAAUGAGCUCCAUCUGAGACAUUCGUCUCUACAGUGUGGGUAGAUGCAAAGGGAUUGGUCAACGUUGGCAGUGUUCCUGUGUGUUUCAUUGCUUUUCCCUCCUAUGUCUCCGGCGGAUGCGACUGUGUCCAGUUAGACAAAUCGGGCUUUAAAGCUCCGUUGACGGUGGGCCAUGCCAGUAGGGCUUGGCAACGUUGCUCGUCAGUAUUCGAGGGUUACAAGCCUCUGCCACCUCGCCUUGACCUCCGCGAUCCGGUUGACUUCACAUGCUGCCUCAAGCACGCUCCAUCAGGCCAAUCAGCUGAGGCCAAACUUUAGUCCGGGUGAUGGAAAGAGCGCACGAAGUGUACAGUUAUGAGAACUCGCUCAUUUAAUGUGCACACUUCUCUUUUUUUUCAGAUACGGGGAUUCUUGUCUCAGUUCUCCGAAGUUCUCCCCUGCACUAGGGCCUUCGCAUCUUGCUCGGCUUGUUCGCAGCCGGUAUGUCUUUUUUUAAAUACUACAGCACUUCGCCGAAAACCUAUUAAGUCUGUACUAGCACUUUGUAGUGCAAAAGGUCGCGCAGGCUGUUAUUUCUUGACCAGGCAGGGGGUAAAACAAUUCGCCGUGUAGUGGGUCUUUAUGGUUUGCUAUAUAGAAGAAGUUUCCGAGCGCUGUGGAUGACCCUGAUGAACUGGAGUUUAGACUCCAACGACGUUACGUUAGACGAAUGUUUUAUGACACGGCCAUCACAUCACCCAAACAUUGCGCUAACACAUCUUGGCAAGAGGGAAUUACCGCAGAUGUGCUGUCACAUGAAACAUUAACCGACACCCUGAAAUGUGUCUUCAAUUCGAAAAGAUCACCUAAGUAGGGUUGUUGUGUUAAUUAUCCGUGUCUCAUAAUACCAAGCUAUUCCAGUCACGGCAGGAUGCUGGCUUUCAAAUGAGCUCCUCCCGCGUAAGCCACUUUCCAUAAUAAUGACUACUUUGGUAGUAUGGGUUUGUUUCCCAUUGAUUUUCGACACUCUUAUGCAUCCAAAUACAUUUCAUAGAGGGCAUGCACAAAAUCUUCUUUUUAUUGACUUUGUCAGCCACCGCACCCCUGACCAUCUUUAUCUGACCAAUGGAAAUGAGGUAGAUGUUUCAAAAAAGUCAAGUUGCACACAGGUCGCUACCGCGCCAUCGAAAUUAUCGCAUCAUCAUCGUCGCCUAAAUCGGCAGUGUCAAACAGGACUAGGGUUUUAGGAAAUAUAAGUAGUAUUAGCCUGUAAGCUCUAUGAACGUUGCGCGCAUCCGAUAGCAAGAAGGCGCUUUUGUCGUUGGGGUUGUUGAAGGUGGUAUGACCGACAACACGAAGAUUUCCAAAUCAGAGGUCAGGAAGGACGGACUGGAUUGGACAACCUUUACUGAUGAGAAGGUGCGUACCAGAGGUCCUGCAAGCCUUUGUCGCCAGCUGUCUCUCCAGGCUCGUUCUCUGUCUGUGUCCGCCGUUGAGGUUAUUGACCCCCCAGUGCAUGUGUGCACCUUUACUCUCUCCCAGUUAGCGUGCGCCAGCCAAUCAGAGAAGGGGCAGCGUUGAUUGGCUUUAAUCUCUCGCGAGGCUAGUGACAAGCCUCGCGCGGCCCCAGCCGCUAAUCGACAGGGAGCGUGAUGCGGACAGGAGGGCAGGUAGACAAGGCGGCGGAGAUCAAGGGAGCGGACGGCCACGAGGCCGUAGAAUCGCGUUACCUACCAAGGUAACCACACUCCAUGCCUUUUUCAUCUAAGAGGCCGCAAUGUGCAGCAAGCCUUUUUGGCUUCUUCAUCGACUUGUUCGCAUUCCUCAACAGCUUAUUCUCAUUGUUUUUAUGGAUCUGUUAUUGGCGGAUUCUGUAAUCUGUUUUAUCCUUAAGUUUGUGCAUUUUGACGUUUCACACUGGACUUGCUUCCCGCCCUUCUCGUUGUGCCUUGCACUUCAGAUCCUAGAUGCCUAUUCCAAAAACGGAUUCGACUUUCUGCUUCGCGUCUUUGAUGAUGCCAGCCACCUGGAGGUGGUGUCCGGUCUACAUCAACUUCAUCUGGAGACCACGUUCAAUGAUGUGCGUUACUUUCUGAUGAUAAUUCUCGAAAGUUUUAUAAAUAUCGUUCCUUUCGAAACGUUAGCUUACUUAAAAUGUUUAGUUUUCAAGUUUAUCCUUAACUCAGUUUGUCCAACCUUUAACACCCUGCGAACCAUCCGAAGCUGAACAGGUCUGUUGAGCGCAUUCGUUCGAUCCUAUGUGAGCUGCAUUCCUAGUUGGUAUAUCAUCCAGUCUCAUCAUUGGUAUAGCAUUUUUGCAGCGUUUUACUGCUCCACCCAACUCAUCUUUGAAAUUUUUUACUACUUAAGAAACUGGUGGGAGGUCUAGGGUGAUGACUGGUAGUAAUUGGGGUCGAUUUUUCGGACAUUUUGCGUCACGGGACCACUAUUCACCGUUAACCCUAACUUGCCCACUCGUUAGAAAUAUCCGAUUACCGUUGUAUCCAGCUGGCCCUGGACCGGCAUAGUUGAAGCCGAAUAAGGAUCACUUGCACAAGGAUUAUAAAACUGCCGAACGCAUAGAUGGAAGAAAACGCAAAUUAUAGGCCCCUUAGCGUUCAGGAAUUGUUUUCUGACCUUCCCAACGCGUCACGCCCAGCCAGUUGCCAAAACGUUCGGUGGGACAUGGUCAUAUUGUAAGUGGCUUUACGCUAAACUCCAGAGCCGGGAUUAGGUUUCGCGUCCAAGUUUGCACACGGAAACAGGUAUCCCUGGAAUCCAGCAAAAGGCCACCUGUAGUACAGGGCGUACCUAUUUCCGUGUCCAAUCGAAAAUUCCAUGUCUGGUUGUUCUUAGCUUUGUUUUCUCGCCAUCCCUCUCCCACCAUUUUAUAAACUGUUCCAAAUUCGUGUCCCGGGAUUUGUCAGCCUACUCAUGGCCAUACAUCUAGUCCAUCGCCUCCGCAAAGAUCCAUUCCUAAUGGAGGUUGACCUGUUCGUUACAGAGCUCUCUUUGGACCUGUCAGAUUGUGAAUAAUACCAGCGCAAUUCUCACAGCAUUUGUGACCAUUCUUACAAGGACGGCUUAUUACUUCACUUGGCGGGUGCACAAAAUAUGAUUUUAACAAUGAUGAGCUUCCUCCUAGGCCACGGCUUUAAAUUACCUCAUAAGGCGGGGCGUACGAGUUUGGUGCUGGUAGACCCUUCGGAUUAAGUACUUAACGCACUCCGAGGUAUUACCAGUGAGUGCAAACUAUGCCUACAUUACGAUUGGCUGGGUGAAUUUUACAGAACCAACCGGCGAUCGUUACAGGCGCUCACCACACUUACUCACUGUCAAUACCUUAUCAGGUAUAAUUGUUUGCCUCUCCAACAAUACAUUCGAUGGUAGACCAUCGCUCAAGCAGUGUACACACUUUUCGACAAUUACUGGAACCAGAAUGUUCCCUUCUCUCCAAAACUGGAUUUAAGGAAAACGCAUAGUUCCGUGAAGCGUCCUCAUGGACAUUCAAGGCACAUCAAAGGCCAUUCGAUUCGUUACUAUGUCUACUUAAAAGUCCAGUCAAAACGCUAUGUACGAUGUAUUCGUAAAAUGGCGCACCGGGCCGUCCGGCUGAAACUCCUCCACCAAAAUUUUUCUCCGUUAAAUUUUCACUUUUGGUUUGUGUUAAUGACGCCGAUUCCCAGCAAUACAGGUUCUUCUUAAUCCUCAUGUGUAUGUCUGAGUUUACCAUGACUUUUGUCAUCACAUUUUAGGUUCUUGUUCUCAGCGACAAUGACGACGACGACGAUUGA